GGCUUGUCGUACUCUCUGACCUGCAACGCCAAUCGCCAUGCCUCGCGAGAAUAGCUUCAGCGACUCCGAAGGCCGUUCUCUCACCCCGGACCCAGAAGAGGGCUUUGCAUCCUCUCCAGUCUACGAUGGGCCCACCGCCGACAGGCUUCCAGCUGUUCGCCCCAGCGGUGACAGCGCCAAUGCUAACUCUGCGGACCGGAAGCAUGCUCCUCACCACCAUGCAAAACGAGGACUCACAUCCCCUCCGACUUCGCCCAUCGCACCUCCCCCCGCCCAACGGCCGAUCUUCAUGACUCCGAGAGAUCGAUUCCGCUCUGCCGUGCGCAAGGUCAUGGCCAUGCGGACUACCUCGUCGUACAUGGCUCGUCGUGGCGUCGGCGCUGAGCCAGGUGUCGAUCCCCGCAGGGCGUCCGCGUUCCUGAACUACGGCCACAUCCGCCAGCAAUCCCUGAUCGAGGUCAACGACUACUCGACGAUGCGCACCAGCUUCGGGCGCAUGACCAACGCCGAGUUCAUCCGUCUGCUCGCGGACGACAAUGCGAGCCAUCGCGAGCCGUGGGUUCGGGUACGGUGGAUCAACAUCGGGGGGAUAAGCUGGGACGUCAUCAGUGCAUUGGCACUCAAGUAUGACCUGCAUCCCCUCGCGCUCGAGGAUGUCCUGACCCAGCGUGGCCAUUCGCGCUCGAAGGCGGACUACUACCCGCAACAUCUCUUCAUCCGCGUCCUCAAUCACACGCACACGACGGAAGAGGACCGCCCGGCGGGGAACACCACGUUCGCACACCUCCCCCGCUCCGAGUCGCCCACGCCUAUGGACGACUCAGACUCGGACUCGGAAUCCCCGUUGGGCGCGCGCCCGGCCCCGGACUUUGACGACGGCGACGAGAAGACCAUGUACGGGAGCGCCAGCGCAUCCAAAUUCUCGACGAUGAGAGCGAACGUCCCGAGUCUCCGGCGGAGGCCGGGACACGGCGACGUGGAGUCGUCCGCUCCCAUGCCGGGUCGGUUCGCGGGCAUCGAGGACAGCAAGGCCCAGAACGACGCGCGGAACCGGAAGCUCUUGCGCGAGCUGAAGCGGGGAGACAGGGUGAACGUGAAGAUCCAGCCGCUUUGCAUCUUCCUGUUCAGGGAUGGCACCGUCAUCUCCAUUCACAAGGACAACACCCUCAACUUUACUGCACCGAUUACGGAGCGACUGAGGCAGCGGGAUACGGGGCUCCGUACCACGGCAGAUCCUUCGCUUCUCGUGCAAAGCCUGCUGGACCUUGUUGUGGACCAAGCUCUGGAAGUCGUCGAGGAAUACCAGGGCCGAAUUUUGAAGAUCGAGCAAGCUGUCCUUCUCAAGCCCAGCAUGAAGACUGUCCGCAGACUGCACAUCCUCCAGGGAGACCUCAUCUUGCACAAACGGACCCUCGAGCCUAUCAAGACGGUCAUCUAUGGGCUGCGGCGCUACGACGUCGAUCGCGUACUCGCGCUCAAGGAGCACGUCGACCCGACGGUCAAGGUGGAGGGGUAUAUGAGCCACAAGUCCAAGAUAUACCUGGCUGAUGUCCAUGACCACAUGGACUAUAUCCUGACGAGUUUGGACAUGAUCGCUGGCAUCACCGAGAACCUGAUCAACUACACCUUCAACAUGGCGUCAUAUGAGAUGAACGAAGUGAUGCGCCGUCUAACUUUGGCCACAAUCAUCUUUUUGCCCCUAACGCUGCUCACUGGUUACUUCGGUAUGAACUUCGAUCCGAUGUGGUCUGUGCAGAACAACAGCGACCUGCUGUUCUGGGAGAUCGCGAUACCGGUGAUGCUCGCCGUCGUCCCGCUGUUCUUGUGGGGCGACUUGAAGCGGAUGGGACACUACCUCGAUAAGAGGCUCAGACGGCACAAAAUCAAUAAGUCGUUCAAACGUGCGUAGGGUGCGGGCGCCGUACGCACUGUGUCUCUAUACCCAAUACGGGCUCCCUUAGAUUCUCUGAUUUCGGUCUGGAUGGAAUACUGGCUUAAAACAUAAACCCUGUUGGUCAAACGAGUACGAACUGUCACGACACCCCCCCCCCCCUUCCGCACCAUACCACAUCGCCAUCUUGUGCGGUCAGUUCCCACAUCAUGCCCCCUGAUCUCUCAUAAUCUUGUGCUAUCUUUGCGUAUAAUAUGUCGUCCUCGCUGACCGUUGUGCUUACCCCACGUCUAUCCUGUCUACUUACGCUCGUUGCUGUGUCGCUAAUCAUGUCGCGGACUAUUUCAUUAUAAGA